AUGACGCCCAGGUACUUAAGGUGUUCCAGCUGCAACAUGACCUUUAAAUCCUUGUCCUUGCUUCGAAAGCACCAGACAAAGUUUUGCAUUGGGACCGAGAUCGGCAGAGGAUUAGUAACGAAAACCCCAGAAAAUGUGCUUGAUCAGCUGAAAGACUACAGACAACGCCGUGAGGAGCAACGAAAGCAACGUGAAAUGGAAGAGCGAGAGAUCUUGGCAGAAAUGGAUGAGAAGGAGAGAAGAUUAAUGAAUGAUAACCUGGUGCCUUACAGUCAGUUAACACUUGACCAGGAGGAUCCCAUCCCCAAAGAGCAGUGGAUGCGGGAACACAAGAAUCAGUUGCAGAACCUGGCACAGAACCACGGAGAACAUGUGACUGGUAUAUUACUGCAUAACAAGGAGCUGGAGGAGCAGAGAGCAGAGAUUGUGAGAAGAUUAAAUGAAUUGUCAGAAAAAAGCAAGAACUUUUCUCAGUUGGAGAAAAUGUUGGCAGAACUUAAGGCACGAGAAUACAAAAACAAGCUGCUCCUGGAUUCAAUGAAGCAACAGCUGGAAAUCCUACAGCUGGACUCGAUACAAAAUAAAGCUGUAAGUAGACAGAGCACUUUGCACUCACGCCCCUCAAAGAGAAAGGACAUUGUUCAGCAGGCACAGACCUUUGUGCCUUUCUAUGGUGGAGGAAGCCUAUCAUCUGAAAUCAGCGCCCUGCGGCUGUCCUACCUGCAGAAUGGUGGCAACGAUCAGCUGAUCCUUGUGCAGUUACAUGACCUCUUAGCAGAAGCUCUACAAGUGGAACGGAGAGUGAAACUGUCGAGAACUCAUCGGAAGGACAGAACCUACAGAGGGCAUGAUACACUUCGACGCAAUCUGGAUUUUGAACUGAUCUCUACGGAGAUAGAAAAUCAACGUCUGGAGGAAGGAAUUCUGAAGCUGCAGCUGAAGCGACAAAGAAACCACAGAAGAGAAAAGCCACUGAAGACUUCCAUUGGGCAAAGAUUAACCUUAUCAGAAGGAGAUGAGAAAGAUCAAGUACAGAUAACAUGGAAAGACAAUAACCAGAAAAUGAAGGCUCUGAAAACAGAAAUUGAUCUUUUGAAACAAGAUCUGGAGAUUCAGCGUCUUCAGCGCCAUAUGAGGAGCUCAAAGAUUAGAGACCAUCCUGCUGUUCCCCUUCCAACGCCUGCGCACCUGCCAGUGGAGGACAUGAAGCCUCAAACUCCAGCUCUUGCUAAGCAGUUCCUGGAUUCCAGUGAGGGAUUUGGACCUGCUCCUUAUGACCCAGUAGCUGGUUUUGUGGUGUUCUAUGAUUUCUUGCUAGGGUUGGAUCCUCUUUAUCGGGUUAGCCGCCUGGUUGUGGGGCUAUACCAUGGCAAACAGGAGAUGGGAGAUCCUUCCCCACUUCCAGCUGCCUACUGUGACAUCAGCAACUCAUCUUCCUAUUUCUCAGACACCAGUGGGGGCAACGGCGCAAUCCUGGCCGUCAAGCAAGUUGUCCCCAGGGUACGUCCAUCUCCCAGCAUCAGUCUUGUUGUGGAACUUCAGGCUUCUGGUGGCAUUGAUCCCUAUGGACACGACAUCAACCGACUUGUCUCACGAGGCUGGAUCAAGGCAGAUAUUUUUGACAGUCAGAAUUGUGUAAUCAGUGGCCGAUGGAAGGUUCCAGUUCGUGUUCUUCCAGUUAUUCCAUCCAUGACCACGGGUGAACUGAAUGGAGUGCCUCAGUUGGGAAAUGCAGAGUUAUACUUUCGUUUAGUCAAUGCAAGGGAUGCCAAUGUCCAGACACCUGCUGCUAUUGAUCCCAACAAUGCCAGACUGUAUAAAUACCCACCACUGGCUGCAGUACGCACGAUUAUCCCCAUUGAUGGUCCAUUUGCAUCCUAUCAUCCACCUAACCAUCACACAACAAUGCAGCUGAUCUACCCUACUUUUGGAGAGAGCGUGGACCCUCCUCCUCCCUCUGCUGACACUGUGGUCCUCCAUUACUCUACCUCUGCUCGAACUCAAUAAGGAUAGACAAUAGCUUGAAAAAGCUACAUUCGGAUAUGUACAACACUGUUUAAUUUAGCUGAAUGGCA